GCCGUGUCCAAGACAAAACUGCACACUGGAGUUUGAAACUUUGCACAAGACAGGAGAAAGUGGGGGAAAUUAAACGUUUAUUAAAGAAAGGAAAGGUGCCUCAGAGUUACCAGUUGCUGGACGGAGCCGCUAGGGGGCGAUGUCUGAAAACAGCAACAGUGCCAGUGGCAACAGCGGGACUCUACUUACCCCAGGGUUAAAGGAGUCUGGAGCUGAGAAUGUCGGUCCGGUAGCUGAAGGUCAUAAGGUCGAGGGGCAGCUUUCUAAAACACCUGAGCCCUCAUCGGAGGCCAACCAUGACCUGGAGAAGCACUCCUCCGAAGCAUCUGCUCACCAGCCAGAGACUGAGACAUCGUCACAGUUGCAGUCUGACCCAGCUCUCACCCAUGGGUCAGAGCAAGCUCAGGAAACUCAGGUAACAUCUCCAGACACGAAUGAUGGUCGGGCCCAGCUGAAUGCAGCACAUGUCAAUGAAGACCCCAGCUCUGUCACUGCCACUGCUGAGGAUGUCAGCUCCUGGACCCCUGACCAUGAGGAACGAGAGGCCCUUACAGGCCACUCGGCGAGCCCAGUUUCUCCUGUUACUGAUGUAGAUUCAUUCUCUGACUCGCACACUCACAUAGAUCCCACCUCUGGAUCAAGUCCACUUCCUGCUUCAGUUUGUCAAGAGAGAGAGUCUCUGAGGAAAACCACUGAAGAGUCUAAAGGAGUGUUGGAAACAAACAGGAAGGAUGGGGAUGGUUUACGAAAGAGAAAAAUCUCCCACCUGGGCUCUUUGGACAAGACCGAGGCAGAGGAUGAUGAAGAAGGAGAGGAGGAAGACUUUCAGCUCCCUCAAAGAGAAGAGGAAACCGUCUUUUCCUUGAAUAAGUGCCUCCUUGCAUCUGUCAUUCUUCUAGGACUAGGAACCAUUUUUUUCUCGGGUGUUCUCAUGGACCUGGAUGAUGAAGCAGACAUGGAUGUUAAAGACCUGAAGAAUCCAACAAAUCAGGAGUGGUUGAACCCUGAAGUCUCCAGAGACACGCCUGUUGAUCUUCAGCCUCCAGAUAUUUUAAGCAAACAGGCAAAGGAAGAUAAGCAAAUAUUGAUACUACAGGCACAACUUCAGCAGCAUCAAGGUGAACUGAAAGCAGCGCAGCUUCAGGUAGAGGAUGGAGAGAAAGAGCGUGUGAGGAGAGAAGAGCUGGAGAAGGAGUACCAGAGGAUAAAAGCAGAACUAGACAGGCUACCUGCUCUUCAGAAGGAGCUGGAGCGAGAGAACGAGAGAAUGAAAGAAGAAAAUGUGAGAGCAAAGAAAGAGCUGGAGGCCCUGCCAUCACUGCAGAGUGAACUGGAGCAUCUGAGAGCAAAAGUUUCACAGCUCACACAGAGCACAGAAAGCGCAAAACCCGUGCAUCCCGUUGCAGCCUCUCGAGCUCCCCCUGCUGGAGACAAAAGAGAUGCACUGCCCAUAGACAGACAAGACAUGAAGUACAGGAAGACUUGGGACAAAAAGAGUGAGGAGAAAGAACAAAGCAAAGGAGACAAAGAAAGGAAAAAGAAGAAAAGUGGAAAAAAUGAAGAUGACAAAGAAAGGAGCAAGAGAGAACAAACUAAGGAACAGAAAGACUGGAAAAAAGAUAAAAGCCACCAGGAAGAAGGUAAAGCCGGGAAGAGAAAAGAGUGGAUGAAGGACAAAAAACGAGGUGAUGGUAAAAUAGGGAAAGAAAGUGAAGACAAGAGAAAAUUUAAAGAGUGGGAGGAGAAAAAAGAAUGGAAGGAAGAUAAAAAGGGGAAAAAAGACAAACAUGUAGGACAGGAUGAGAGGAGGGGAGACAAAAAAGACUGGAAGGAUACUGGGAAAAAGAAAGGGAAGGAGGAAAAGGAAUGGAAAGGGGAACGGAAAGAGGACAAAGACCGGAAAAAUGACAAACAGAGUGGUGGGAGUGACCAUAAAGAAUGGAAAGAGAAAAAGAAAGGUGAAAAGGAGUGGAAAAAGGAAAAGAGUGAGGGAAAACACAAUGAUAAAACAGAGAAAAAGUGGAAAGGAGAGAGAGAGUUUCCCAAAGAGGAUGGUGGAAAAGAUAAGGAAAAGCAUUGGAGGGAGAAAGAAAGAGAGUCAAAAGAUGAAGUCUGGAAAAGAGAGGGAGUAAAAGAGAAAAAAAACAAAGCAUUCUACCACCAAAAUGAGGGGAAAAAGAGUCCUAGUGAAAAGGAGAAACCAGACGAGACAACCUCCCAUCACCACUCCGAGCAUGAGAACUACUGGAGCAAGCAGAGAGAGCGGAUCCAGCACUUUAACGGCCAGCGAGACACGUGCAGCGGCGUGGCAGACUGCGCUCGAGUCGAGGGACUCGCUCCUGUCGGCCUGCGGGACUUCCAAACACUUCUCCAAUCCUACAUGAACAAGCUCCCCGAUCCCCAGGACCAGACCUCCAGGGAAGAAGAGCUCCACAAGCUGGUGAAGGAGUUCUUCACGGAUGGAGUGUUCGCUCAUGAUCAGAUUCCGUUCAGUGAGUUCGUGGACGACGUGGGGGACAUCUUAGAAGACCUGGCGGAAGGAGAAGAGAGCGACAGCGAGGGAGAGGAGAACGAUGAAGACGAUGACGAUGAGAUGGAGGAAUUUGAAAGGGAGGCGAUGGAGAAAUUUGCACUUCCAGAGGAAUUGAGGAAGGGAGAGCAGAAGAAAGAGAGCAGAAGAGUGAAAGGUUGAAGGUGAUUUUGGAGUUUUCAAAAAAGGUACAUCUAGAAAAAAACUAUCAGGCCUGAUUUAAUCGUGUGGAGUGUCUUUUCUAAAGAGCAUAUUCAUUUUGAUCAGUUAGGCUUUGCCCUUUCUUUUAAUAGAUACAGUAAAGCAAUACUGUAAUGCCUUCUUCACAACAUGACAGCUGUUUUUGCUCACUUUCCUUUUUUUUUUUUUUACCUUUAUUUGAACAUGUACAUAAUGCCCUUUUGACCAUUAAAUAAAGACUCUUGAGUCAUCGCAGUCAUCUAAAGAUCCGGGGCUGGAUUCACGAUUCUUCCUUAAUAAAACUCCUUACUUUUAUUUUCUCCUUAUUUUCUGUUUUAAGAAAUGUUAAGAAUAUUGUUGGUCUUACCACCAAGAAUUAGAAAAAAACUGAUGAAGAAUUCAAAUAUUUGUGAUACAACUGCACAAAAUUGUAAAUGCCAUCUUCAAAUUAUGAUAUAGGCUAUAUAGAUGUUUUAACAAAUUAAUUGGACCGUUCAAAUAUUAAAAUACUAGAUACAGAAUACAUAUUACAACUAUAUUUUACUUUUAUAGUCUAGCAUUGUAAAUUUGUUGGAUGUUUGUUUUAAAUUAUAAAACCUUGGGUUAUCAGUGGAAAAAGAGACCGAAACCCGUUUUAGAGACGAUGAGGUGCUUGCAACAUAAAAUAGAUGAAUACAUUUGUCUGUAAGAGUUAUUGUAUUAUAUUUGUAGUAAUAUGUUAGUAUACAAUCAGUCGAAUCGUUUUAUCAUUAAAAUGAUUGAUAUUUUAUCAAGAUAUUCCUGAAUCCAGCACCAGGAAAACAUUCUGACAAAGGAACAGUUUUUUUUGGGACUGAUCAACUGUUAUGGCACAUCAGGUUUAUCUUGGCACAUUUCACACACACAUAAUAUUUGUCAUAAGAAUGAAUAUUCAUCAGAAUGUAGUUCAGUGUUGAGUGUGAAAGUUACAGUCAAAGCUCAUUUGUUAUAAUAUUCUUAUUUUGUCUAUCUUUUAAAGUAGUCAUGCAACUAUCCAUUUGCAUAAUCAUACUUGACUUAAACACUGUAAACUGAGUUGUACUGAUUGACUAGUUGUAUUAAUGCUCAUCAUUUUUGUUAUGCUCUGCUUUUUUAAAGUCUUUAAAUUAUUUUGUUUGUCAUUAGGGUUAGGACUCUUGGCCUAUUGUUUCUGAUUUGUUUGAGAGUUUCACUGUUAUUUAUACAUUUUAAUGGAGGAUAGCGUUCGUAUAUAACAUGCCUGUAUUGUUUGUAAUUCUUAAAGUGUUGCUAUAGCCAACAAAAAUAUAAGCAAGUCCUUAAAAGUGCAGGCCAUCUUAGUUGAAUGUAAUGGUAAGAUGAGUGAAGGUUUGACAUUUUAAGCAGUGUAAUAUGUGUUUUUGAUCUCAAUAUUGCAAUUGUGUCCAACUGUAUGCUGUCAGGCAAAACUGCUUGCACAUUUACAGUUUUCACAGACUUGUGCUUUUUUGAACUGUCCAAUGCAAAAACUCUACACUUAAGGCAGGGUGCAGAGGUUUGUCACAGACCACUAAAUUGUAACAAAAAGUGCAACAGAUAAAUGUAGUAAUUAAUGUAUUUUGCAAUUUUUUUUAAGUUUUAAUGGCUGAAGUUCAGAUGAUAAUGGUAGUGGGAAAUGUUUUUGCUGUAAAACUGUUUACAGAAUAAAGAGGUGCAUACGGUUAUGC